CUGUCGCUGCUGUUGCUGACGCUGUCAGCCUGCAGCUCCAGCGCUGCUUGGUGGUUGCUGGCGAUGAACAGUGCACGGUUCAGUGGACACGUGGAGUACGGUCGGGCAUGGAGUGCGCUGGAGCACCGCAACCACUGCAACAGCCUCACCUACCUCGUCGACAGACAGAAGCAGCUAUGCUCUCUGUCGUGGAACAUACUCAGGAGUAUAGCUGAAGGAGCGCGAUUGGGAAUCAAGGAAUGCCAGAAUCAGUUUUGGAACGAUCGCUGGAAUUGCUCAACGUUCCCUGAUGCUCCCAACGUCUUCGGGACCCACCUCAGGAUCAACAGCAGGGAGAAAGCGUACGUGUACAGCGUGAGCGCAGCAGGCGUCGCCUACAGCGUGACACGCGCCUGUAGCAGCGGCGCCCUGGCCGAGUGUGGCUGUGACGACCGCAUCAACAGUCGGCCUACGCAGGGCAGGUUCGAGUGGGGCGGCUGCUCGGAAGACCUCCGCUUCGGUGAGUUCUUCAGCAAGGAGUUCGUGGACGCUCGUGAGAACCCCCACACUGCCGAGGGUCUCAUGAACCUCCACAACAACGAGGCGGGUCGCCGCUCCCUCAGGGGGCAGAUGGAGACGCUCUGUAAGUGCCAUGGCGUCUCAGGGUCCUGCUCCAUGAGGAUCUGCUGGAGGAAACUCAGUUCGUUCCGGAACACCGGAAACUUUCUUCGUCAGAAGUUCGAUGGCGCCGUGCACGUCAGGAUGAUGACACGCCGGAAAAAGAAGAAGCUGCGGCCCGCAGACCCUCGCAUCAAGAAGCCGUCCAAGCGAGACCUGGUUUUUCUUGACGAAUCUCCGAACUACUGCAUCUCUGAUAAAAUGAUGGGCGUGCUGGGCACCGUGGGGCGACUCUGCAACGUGACCAGCCCCGGCAUGGAGGGUUGCCGGCUGCUGUGCUGCGGCCGUGGCUACCACACCAUCCAGCAGCCUGUGACGGAGCAGUGCAACUGCCGCUUCAAGUGGUGCUGCGAUGUCGAGUGUGAAAAGUGUACUACUGUCAGGGAUAUGCAGUACUGUAACUAG